AUGGCUGGUUGCAUGUCAACCCCAUCCAAAACAAUUCCGCUUCAGAUGAAUGGUGCAACAACUACUCACAGAAGAUCUAAGGUUUCUAAUUCAACAUUCCAUCUCACCCAGCUGCAAUGGCACCAUAGUCAAUAUGAUUCGAAUGUAAUUUUCCAAGAGGAAGCUUGGUUUGACUCGGUGAGUAUUCUGGAGUCUGACUCGGAUGAUGACUUUAUCAGUAUACAUGGAGAUGGUUUUCCAUUGGCAAGCAAUCCAGUUGGGAAUAUCUCAAGUGGCCAAGUACUUCAGCAUGAAAGAUCUGCUCGCUUUGUUGAUAAUGAGUGUAAGUAUGAAGAAUACCAAAGCUAUAUGAUAAUUGAUGGAGGUAAAUCAGAUAAAAUCAGAGGCAAAGAUGAGCUCAGGGAAUCAAAUAGGUUUUCGCUUAUUGAUACACAGGGCUAUGAGCUUUCUCACUUAGGGAAGGCUGAUGAAGUUUGCAGUAAGAGGAAGAAUAUAUUAGAUCACUCUUAUGGAAGCUUUAAAGGACUUACAGAGGAUGGACGCGAUUGUAAUGAAAAAAUUCAAGACAAUGCCCUGAAAUCCGGCUUAUCUCAAUUGUUGGCUACUUAUCCUGCUACAAUGUUUCUUGGUGAUAGUGAUGGAGAGGGGAUGAGUCUUGUAAUGUAUUUCAAAGUUUCUGAGAAUUUUGAUACAGACAUAUCAACUCAAUUCCAGGACAGCAUCAAGAAAAUGGUUGACGAUGUGAUGGAAAAAGUUAAAGGAUUUGCGAAGGACUCCACUGUACCUUUCAGAAAAAGACUAAAGAUCUUGGCUGGGGUGGUAAAUCCUAAAGAUCUCAGUCGGAAUUCUGCUGAGAAAAAGCUUGUACAUGCAAAUAAUGACAAACCAGUUCUUUCACGCCCCCGGCACAAUUUUUACAAGGUGCCCUUUGUCAUAUUCCCUAAAUAUAUUCGAAUAUUUAAACAGUAUAGCGAAGUGUUUAUAUUCGAAUAA